CGCCCGCGCGGCAGGCGGGUCCGGCCGACCCGGGAGAGCCUGGGUGGCCUUUCUGGUUGGCGGUGGCGGCCGGGCCGUGAGGGUCUCCCUAUUGUAGUCGGGCUGCGGGCAGCUCGGGCAGGCCGCGGGCGCCAGAGGUAGAAGAAGAAAGGUGCCACUUUGGCAUGAAGACAGACUCGCUUAGUCGUCAGUCAUUUAAGCUGAGUGCAUUGUGAUUUCCAAUAAUUGAGGCAGUGGUUCUAAAAGCUGUCUACAUUAAUGAAAAGAGCAAUGUGGCCAGCUUGACUAAGCCGCCAGUGUGUGCAGCGCGGGCAGGACGGCACCGGGUCUCGACGGACUUGUGCAUGUUAGCAGUAUAGAUUUAUGUAAGGUUUUUAAAAACUGGUCUUUUAAAAUAGUCUUAACCACUUUUACUAUGGAGACAUAUGAGAGUCCCUCUCCUCUCCCGCGUGAGCCCGCAGGAGAAGCGGUGAUGGAGAAACGUGCUUGCCCCCUCCAAGCGCUGCCCCGUGAACAGUCUCCACCACCUCCCCUGCAAACGUCCAGUGAUGCAGAGGUAAUGGACGUUGGCUCUGGUGGUGAUGGACAGGCCGAACCCCCUGCUGAGGACCCACUCAACUUCUACGGAGCUUCUCUUCUCUCCAAAGGAUCCUUCUCUAAAGCCCGUCUCCUCAUAGACCCGAACUGUAGUGGCUACAGCCCGCGCACCGCCCGGCACGCACCUGCGGUCCGGAAGUUCUCCCCUGACCUUAAGUUGCUUAAGGAUGUAAAGAUUAGUGUGAGCUUUACCGAGAGCUGCAGGAGUAAGGACAGGAAGGUGCUGUACACAGGAGUGGAGCGCGACGCUCGUGCGGAGUGCAGUCUGGCCCUUAGCCCUGUCAGUGGAGACAUGCAUGCUUGUCCCUUUGGCGGGAGUGUUGGUAAUGGGGUAGGCAUAGGGGGUGAGAGUGCUGAUAAGAAGGAUGAGGAGAAUGAUCUGGAUCAGGAAAAGAGAGUGGAGUAUGCAGUGCUCGAUGAGUUAGAAGAUUUUACUGACAAUUUGGAGCUAGAUGAAGAAGGAGCAGGCGGGUUCACGGCUAAAGCAAUCGUGCAAAGAGACAGAGUGGAUGAAGAGGCCUUGAAUUUCUCCUACGAGGAUGAUUUUGACAACGACGUUGAUGCUCUGUUGGAAGAGGGCCUUUGUGCUCCCAAAAAGAGGAGAGUGGAUGAGAAAUAUGGAGGAGACAGCGACCAUCCAUCUGAUGGAGAGACAAGUGUGCAGCCAAUGAUGACCAAGAUUAAAACAGUGCUCAAAAGUCGUGGCCGCCCACCUACAGAACCAUUGCCUGAUGGGUGGAUCAUGACAUUCCAUAACUCCGGAGUCCCCGUGUACCUACACCGAGAGUCUCGGGUGGUCACCUGGUCGAGGCCGUACUUCUUGGGAACGGGAAGCAUACGGAAACAUGACCCUCCUCUGAGUAGCAUCCCCUGUCUGCAUUACAAGAAAAUGAAGGACAACGAGGAAAGGGAGCAAAACAGUGAGCUUUCCCCUAGUGGGGAGGUGUCCCCUGUCAAGCCCCUCAGUCGAUCUGCAGAGCUGGAGUUUCCCCUGGAAGAGCCUGACUCCAUGGGGGCCGACACGGGGCUCCCAGAUGAGAAGGACCCACUGGGGGCUGAGGCUGCCCCUGGGGCCCUGGGGCAGGUGAAGGCCAAAGUUGAGGUGUGCAAAGACGAAUCAGUUGAUCUUGAGGAAUUUCGGAGCUACUUGGAGAAGCGUUUUGACUUUGAGCAAGUUACUGUAAAGAAAUUCAGAACUUGGGCCGAGCCUCAGUGCCUUUUGAGUUGAGAUCUUUAUUCCCCUCUGUCCUGUACCCGGAUCCUGCCGGCCAAUCAGAAGCUUAUUACUCUAUCUGUGCAAGAUGCACCCACAAAGAAAGAAUUUGUCAUUAACCCCAACGGGAAAUCUGAGGUCUGCAUCCUGCACGAGUACAUGCAGCGUGUCCUCAAGGUCCGCCCGGUUUAUAAUUUCUUUGAAUGUGAGAACCCAAGUGAGCCUUUUGGCGCCUCGGUGACCAUUGAUGGUGUGACCUAUGGAUCUGGAACUGCAAGCAGCAAAAAACUUGCGAAGAAUAAAGCUGCUCGAGCUACGCUGGAAAUCCUCAUCCCUGAUUUUGUUAAACAGACUUCUGAGGAGAAACCCAAAGACAGUGAAGAGCUUGAGUAUUUUAACCACAUCAGUAUCGAGGACUCGCGGGUCUACGAGUUGACCAGCAAGGCCGGACUGUUGUCUCCCUAUCAGAUCCUCCACGAGUGCCUUAAAAGAAACCAUGGAAUGGGUGACACAUCCAUCAAGUUUGAAGUGGUUCCUGGUAAAAACCAGAAGAGUGAAUAUGUCAUGGCGUGCGGCAAGCACACAGUGCGCGGCUGGUGUAAAAAUAAGAGAGUUGGGAAGCAGUUAGCCUCUCAGAAAAUCCUUCAGCUCCUGCACCCACAUGUCAAGAACUGGGGGUCUUUACUACGCAUGUAUGGCCGUGAAAGCAGCAAGAUGGUCAAACAGGAGACCUCAGACAAGAGUGUGAUUGAGCUGCAGCAGUAUGCCAAGAAGAACAAGCCGAACCUGCACAUCCUAAGCAAGCUGCAGGAGGAGAUGAAGAGGCUGGCCGAGGAGAGGGAGGAGACGCGGAAGAAGCCCAAGAUGUCUAUUGUGGCAUCUGCUCAGCCUGGUGGCGAGCCCCUGUGCACUGUGGACGUGUGAGGAGGUGGUGAACCGGGCAUGGAGGCUGCCAGCUCUGUGCCAGGAGACCAUGCACCGCUCACUCUGCAGCCUCUCAUCUCCAAUCUAAGUUCCUCCCCUGCAGCCACAUGUCUGAGGCUGGGGCCAGAGGGGUGGGGCUCCAGUGUAUGGGGACAGCCAGGGCCACAUUCUACUAUACCAUUUCCUUGUGGGCCACCCACAGGUCUGAGUGGACAUGUUCAAGCAUCAGCUCAGCCUGCCCGUGCAGGUGGAAGCUGAGCUUGGAGAUGACCUAUGCUUUUACGGAUUUGCUGCAGACUGGUUUUAUGAAGAUUUUCAUGAAUUUUAGUAUGUAACAUGCACUGACAAGAAAUGAUAGUUGGAUCACAGAUGAAAUGAGACGUGAUGGCCAAGUGCUAUCGCGCCCUGUGUCUAGGGCUCCUGCAGGAACCUGGUCAGAAGGCGCAUCCUGGCACACCAUCCCCUUUCCUGCCUCCUGUGUUUUCCCCUUUUUUCCUGGAAAUGUUAUAACAGGAAUGAGUAUUUCAGACCUUUUAGGUUUAAAACAAACACAAUUUUAGCAUCAGAACUAUUUUUCAGAGAUUGCAGGCAAAUCAAGCUGAUUAUUUUUCAGCCAGUGUGUUUCUGCCUGGCUUGUUCCCCAAGCCCUGAGCUGGGUUGUGAUCCAUUUUUCCAAGUCUUUUUAAAAAAUUAAAGUUUUUUUAAUUGAUUUGAGAGAGAGAGAGAGAAAAGCAAUCAAUUUGUUGUUCCACUUAUUUAUGCAUUUAUUGGUUGAUUCAUGUAUGUGCCCUGACCAGGGAUCAAACCCGCAAACUUGGCAUAUCAUAUCAGGAUGAUGCUCUGAGAAACUGAGCUAUCCACCCGGCCAGGGCCUUCUGAGUAAGUCUUAAAGCCCUAAAAACACACCUAGGCUGGUUACCCUUCACUGGCCUUUAGCAACUUUUUACUAAAGAUUUUUGCACAGUCAAAUCUCUCUAUCCACUCUUCAGUUUUUAAAGCUUUUAUGAUAUUUUAGCAUUUGGAAAGAAACUUUUACAGUGUGUAGAAGAUAGAUUUGGAAUCAUGUAGCAGAUAUAAACAAUUAAUGAAUUUUAGCACGUGGGUUUAUUUAAGAAGAGGGAACAAGGACCCGUAGUGCAAUCCAUCCUUGAUCACAAACUGGCACUCCUCUCCAGAUUUGGUGCAAGCACAUGGAUGGUGGCUUCACUGGAUUUCAAAGGCAGCCGCCCUGUGCAGCCAGGUCUGGUAACCAGCUCACUCCUCUGACCAGCAGCCUGUGCUCUCCAGGUGGCCCCUGUGGACGGGUGCAGGGUUAGAUGUGACCCUGCUCUGAGUCCCAGGGGGUGUGGGGGCCCUUGGUUGUCCCCACAUGUAAAGUAGUGGUGGUUAGCCAUUGGUUUCCUGUUCCCAGCACCUCUUCAGGGUGCCACAUGCUCAUGGUGCACUGCCAGAUACAGGAGCCCAGCGCUGGGUUGCAUUGUUAUGUUCUUUGGGUGUGCCUGUCCACCACAUCCCCUGCGGAUGGUGUUUUGUUUCCAGGAAGACAAUUGGUGGUGUCUGCUUCCGGGAAGACAAUGUUGGCCUUGUAGGCCACCCAGUGUAUCCCUCCCUCAGCACCCAUGUGACCAAGGUUAGCUUCUGUGUUGACCUUUAUAAAACAGAGUCGUCAAUCAAAUUGCUGUAAUUAUA